ACAGGGGACCAACUAGCGUCUACAAUGUCUACAUUCUACAUCCCACUAGUCUUUUCGGGCACCCAAGUUAUUAAAGAGAUACGGAAGUGGGUUUAUAGAGAAUUAUCAGAAAAAAAUCGAUUUUAUGAUGAUAGUAUAUUGAUCACAAUGAAAAUUGUUUUAAUCCUCUGCUUCUUAGUUAAGAUUCAGCUUGUAUUGUGUUAUGGAAAUGAUACUUUCACUGAAGAAUUACUGAUAAAGCCCUUAUUUAGUGAUCAAGUAUAUGCUCAUUUUCAGUUUGCUGUUACAUGGGAUAAAGAUCCUACGAUUAAAAAAUACCAUCACACUCAUUUGUUCCCUCGAGCUUUGGGUGAAAUUAUAGAAAGACACAAUAUUCAUGAGCUUCAUAUUAGUUUAACUGGUGGUUUGUGGAGAUACGAGAGUUGGGGGUAUCCAGUGGUAGAUGCUGCUCCAGGUGCUGAAGUAUGGGCUUGGUUCAAACCAGAUACUGUAGAUAUAGAUCAAAAUUGGAAAUUACUUGCAAACACUUUAUCUGGUUUACUAUGUUCUUCAUUUAACUUUAUUGACGUUUCUAAUAGCAUUAGUCCUGAGUUUUCCUUUAGACCAAGAGGUUCUACCGAUUGGACUACUGUUAAUAGCACCUGGUUAAGGUAUGCAAGUUUGCCCCGAGAAAUUGUGUGUACAGAAAAUUUAACACCUUUUAAAAAGUUAUUACCCUGCGAUUCAAAAUUAGGAUUAGCAUCAUUGCUUAAUUCAGGGUUCAUACAUAAUACUAAAUAUCAUUCUAUUGCUUUACAUUUACGACCAAUAUGUAGAACAGAAACUUGUGAGUCAGUUUCACUGGAAUUACAGUUAUCAGUAUCUUUAGUAUAUGAUUAUGCUAUAUUAGGAACAAGGAAUUGGUCAUUUAAAAAACUCUUUGGUCAGGGUUUAGAGGGAAAAUGCCCUCUUUCAUCCAGAAGUAAUAUAUAUGUUGACUUAUCGACUUCUGAUAGCAAGAAGUUUGAUUUAACUCCAACUCCAGAUGAAGUUGUUACAUCAAUUAGAGGUGGAUUUGUUAAUAAAUAUGCAUUAUAUCAUAUUUCACCCAAUUUUUUAAGUAUUAGUGGAAGAUAUGAAGAUGAUAAUGAGAUAUUUGUUAAAAAACCUCCUUCUUUGUAUGCUAAUCAGUAUUUAAUUGGUUAUGGGCAAGAAAGGGGAGGCAUUGUAUCAAAAAUAUAUAACAAUCACUGGUCAGCUUUGGAAGUAGUUCUUCUUCAAAGCAUUGCCUGGUAUGUUCCAGUAUACCUUCAUACAUUAAAAAUUGUGUCAAAUGGUGAAAUACUUAAACCAACAAUCUUAAAAUACAUUCCAGGAAAGCAAAGAGAAAGGCCUUACUAUAUUGAAAUGGUUUUAAAUUUACCCCCACUGUCAGAAACUUUAAUUUCUGUAGAUUUCGAUUAUAUAUUUUUAAAAUGGCAAGAAUACCCACCAGAUGCUAAUCAUGGGUUUUACAUAGGCUCAGCAGUUGUAUCAAGUUAUUUGCCACUAGCCAAAAAUUUCACUGGUUUACCACAGGAUUCCUCCACAAUUUAUAGUUCAUUUAAUGCUUCAAGAAGUGGAUAUUUAGUACAAGUGCGUACAGAAAAUAUGGUUAUUACAUUACCUACUCCUGAUUUUAGCAUGCCAUAUAAUGUGAUUUGUUUAACUUGUACCGUAGUUGCCUUAGCAUUUGGUCCAUUACAUAAUAUUACCACAAAAAGGUUAAUUCUGAAGAAAAAAUGUGAAACCACUCUUGUACAAAAAUUAAAACUUAAAUUUGAAACAAUUAGAAAACAACUUGUGAAAUCAAAAAGUGAUUAACUGUAUGUAUUAUAGAAUUAAAAUGUAAUAAAUGUGUCUUUUUUGUUA